GCCAUGAAAAUCGAUUGAGAAAUAAGCAAAUUAGGAUUCACAUUGGCUUGAAUGGGGAAUUGGCCCCUACCAACAUGGCCGCCACGUCGGCACGUCAAGUACAUCCUGUUUAAAAUGACGUCACUUCCGGUUUCUUUCUUCUUCUUUUUUUUAUGACGUGUAGUGCUCGCUGACCCCUAGCGGCCAUUUUGUGGCAACACAGAAAGAAGAAGCUGCGCCAUGUUGGAAUAUCUUCACAUAUUAGAAUAUCCUCACAUGUUAUAAUAUCCUCACAUGUUAUAAUAUACUCACAUGUUGGAAUAUACUCACGCGGCUUCGAGGGUUUGUCACAAGGUUUCACCCCGCCAAUGCAGAGAUGAGCUCUGGUCUUCAGUCCGAAGAGGACUUCCGACGCCUGUGCCAGGUCCUCCUGAAGACGUCCGAUCGGCUGCGCGACGGCUGGAGCUGGGAGCGGGUCCAGGGCUCGGAGGAAGGCUACCUGAAGAAGACCGCUCUCAGGUCGGUCCUCAUCCAGUCGGGAGAUCAGGACCUCAAAGGAUCCGGUUCCGACUCUGAGGAUGUUGCAGCGGGCGAUGAUGCCGAUACCGCCGCAGCGUCCGAAGGCAGCACUCGUGCGCUUCAGUACGAAUAUCACAUCCUGUACUCGUGCAGCUUCAUGACCCCCGUCUUGUACUUUCGAGCGUCCACUCUGGCAAAUGUCUCCAUGUCAGAGGGGAGGAGCCUGUCCCUGGAGGAGGUCUGGAGUUCGGUCCACCCACACUUCAGGUCCCGCCUGCGGCACAGUCCCCUAACGAGCAUCACGCAGCAGGAACAUCCAGUUCUGGGCCAGCCCUUCUUCAUGCUGCACCCGUGUAAGACGGACCACCUGAUGUCAGCACUCAUGCACUCGGCACAGCAGCAACACAGGCCAGUCAACUACAUGGUAACCUGGCUCAGCACGGUGGGACCCCUGCUGGGCUUGGAAGUUCCCCUGGAGUAUUUGACCCUGCAGCAUCCUUCGACACCACGGCAACGCCCCUAAGUCUUGUUGACCUUUGUGCUUUUUAACAGCUUAGUUAGCAUGCUAAUGUCAAAAUGCUAACAUUUUUCCUCAUUUUUGUAUUUUUUAACCCAAUAAUCCUGGUUUCCGUUACUUGGCACCUUCUUAGAAGUAUACUAGAUCUUCACCAGUUAGCAUGCUAAUGUCAAAAUGCUAACAUUUUUCCUAAUUUUUGUAUUUUUUAACACAAUAAUCCUGGUUUCUGUUACUUGGCGCCUUCUUAGAAAUAUGCUAGCUCCUCACCAGUUAGCAUGCUAAUGUCAACAUGCUAACAUUUUUCCAAAUUUUUUGUUUUUUAACCCAAUAAUCCUGGUUUGCGUUAAUUGGAGCCUUCUUAGAAGUAUGCUAGCUCUUCACCAGUUAGCAUGCUAAUGUCAACAUGCUAAAAAUUUUCCAAUUUUUUUGUAUUUUUAACCCAUUAAUCCUGGUUUCUGUUAAUUGGCGCCUUCUUAGAAGUAUGCUAGAUCUUCACCAGUUAGCAUGCUAAUGUCAAAAUGCUAACAUUUUUCCUAAUUUUUGUAUUUUUUAACACAAUAAUCCUGGUUUCUGUUACUUGGCGCCUUCUUAGAAAUAUGCUAGCUCCUCACCAGUUAGCAUGCUAAUGUCAACAUGCUAACAUUUUUCCAAAUGUUUUAUUUUUUAACCCAAUAAUCCUGUUUUCCGUUAAUUGGAGCCUUCUUAGAAGUAUGCUAGCUCUUCACCAGUUAGCAUGCUAAUGUCAACAUGCUAACAUUUUUCCAAAUUUUUUGUUUUUUAACCCAAUAAUCCUGGUUUCCGUUAAUUGGAGCCUUCUUAGAAGUAUGCUAGCUCUUCACCGGUUAGCAUGCUAAUGUCAACAUGCUAAAAAUUUUCCAAUUUUUUUGUAUUUUUAACCCAUUAAUCCUGGUUUCUGUUAAUUGGCACCUUCUUAGAAGUAUGCUAGAUAUUCACCAGUUAGCAUGCUAAUUUCAACAUGCUAACAUUUUUCACAAUGUUUGAAUUUUUUAACCCAAUAAUCAUGGUUUCUGUUAAUUAGCGCCUUCUUAGAAGUAUGCUAGCUCUUCACCAGUUAGCAUGCUAAUGUCAAAAUGCUAACAUUUUUCCUAAUUUUUGUAUUUUUUAACACAAUAAUCCUGGUUUCUGUUACUUGGCGCCUUCUUAGAAAUAUGCUAGCUCC